AUGCAGGGCUGGCGGGAGGAGAUGGAGGACUAUCACCUGGCCCUGCCCGACUUCGACCUGCCCCGUGGCCUUGCGCUUUACGGCGUCUUCGACGGCCACGGAGGAAGUGCUGUGGCAGAGAUCGUCGCCGAGCGCCUUCCCCAGAUCCUGCGUCAGCGGCCGGAGUAUGCACGAGGUGAGUACCAGGAGGCGCUCAAGCAGGCAUUUCUCGAGCAGGAUGACUUCCUGAGGAGUCAGGCGGGCCGAGCUCGCUUGAAACGCAGCGGAAUGGCCUCGGCGCUGGGCACCGGCACCACAGCGGUCGUAGCUUUGCUCUGCCGAGCAUCCUUGCGCCUCUACGUGGCAAACUGCGGCGACUCCAGAGCAGUCUUGGUCAGCGGUGCCGGCGCUGUGGCCCUGUCCCGAGACCACUCGCCGACCGAUCCCGAGGAGCGGAAGCGGAUUUUGCGAGCCGGAGGAAAGGUGAACAGGGAAGGCAGGAUCAAUGGAGACUUGAAUCUGUCUAGAGCGAUCGGUGACCUCUUCUACAAAAAGAACCUGAAGCUAGCGCCUGAGGCGCAGCUGAUCUCGCCACUGCCGGAGGUGCGUUGUCGCCAGCUGAUCGAGCGCGAUCGUUAUUUGCUGCUGGGAUGUGACGGCGUAUGGGAGCGGUUCACCAACCAACACAUUGUGGAUUUCCUACUGCAGAGGCUGCCGACCUCCAGCUGCAUCUCGCAGGCUUGUGCGGAAUUCUUGGAUAGCAAUAUCUCGAAGAAUCCGAUGAGGACGAGCGGCCUGGGCUGCGACAACAUGACUCUCCUAUGCGUCGACCUCAGCUCUGCGCCAGCCCCCAGAGCAAGGCCCGAGUCGGCGAGCGACGAGCUUUCGAUUCCGAAGUCCACGCCGAGCGCCGCAGCGCGGCCGUCGCGGCGAGAGGCGGCGGCCCGGAUCUUCCUGCGCCUUGCUUGCGAGGUUUUGCAGGAGCACUGCUGGCCGCAAGCGAGCUGUGCUUCUUGCGAUGGGCAGGACUUUUCAUUCGGUGCGGUGUUCCAUCCCUCCAGCCAUCUUUACGGACUUCAGAUGUCUUGUGCAGCCAUCAGUGUGACUGGAUACAAACACUGUGACCUCAGUUGCCAGGACCCGUGUCACGCGCACUCGGCGAAAGGAAAAGAGCGGUGGCGGUGA